UAAACGAUUUUUACGCGUCUGUCAGUGUGGCAGUGGCUUAGAUGCAGUACAGUACAUAUAACUAAUGGCGGUGUUUCGCGCCAGCCUCUACUUAUUAAUGUCUUCAAAUCGCAAACUGUUUUAAUUGAGCUGUUUAUUUUUAUAUUGGAACAUGACCUCUUGUACAAGACAAUAUUGCACAUCCUUGAAUGACGUUUUUUGAUAAGUGCUUCUCUGGGUGUGGCUGCAUGCAGUGAAAUGAUUUCAGAGGAUAAUAAAGACAAAAAGAGUGAUGACAGGAGUUCACAGAAGAAACAUAAGAAGCACAAAAAACAUAAAAGUAAGAAGAAGAAGCGGAAAAGAGAGAAGGAGCCAAAAGAAAGCAGUUCUGAAUCCGGGGUUGAAUUGAAUGCUCCAUCCAGAAAACGAGCCUCGCCAGCGAAUGAAGAGGAGUACAAUCAUGCGUGCAGCUCCAAAAGUCAUAAGCACAAAACAGGAAAGAGGAAACGGAAGAAGAGGCACAAAGACAAGAGACGAGGAAAUUCAUCUGAUUCUGACUCAAAGCAAAGGAAGAGUAAAUGUUCUCAAAGCUUGGUGUCAAGGCAAUGUGAGGAGUUACCUGAUAUCAUCCCAAAGCAGGACAGCUCCAGUGCAGCAAAAGCAGAUGAGGGAAGAACGGUGCACUUCCGUUCACAUUCCAACUGUUCACAUUCCAGCUCGGAGAGAUGGAGUUCUCGACCCGGCAGGCGGAAAUCCAGAUCUCGCUCACCGUCCACUUCACAGAAUCACUGCCACUCGUCCAGCUCUCUAGACAACAGGGAUGUUUUGGACCCACCCACAGAGUCCAAAGGACAUUUAGGGAAAUGCAUCCAAAUGCUGUCUCCAAGUCCUAAAAGACGAGACACAAAAGAUCUGCAAAUGCUGGAUGAUAAUCACAAACCAGCAGACGGCACAAUGGAAACCACCAGAGAUGAUUCAGCUUCAUCAGUGCCAAAUCAAUUUAGUCAGUUUCCUCAGACGAGUGAGACCACCGUCCCACAGCUGAAGGCAUCGGUACACACCUCAGCCAGUUUGAGGAAAUCACCAACAAAAAAGAGGCAUAAGCCAUCCAAGUCGCCACCACGGAGUAAAGAAGAGAAAACAUCAAAGAGGCAGAAGAGAUCCCGUUCAACUUGUCGGACCCACAGAACAAGGUCCAGAUCCCGGAGCUCCUCAAGGAGGAAACAAUCCCGAUCAAGGUCCAGGAGCCGGAAGUCACGGAGGUCACGCUCUGUGUCGCGGGAUAGGGGGCGGCAAGCGACUUACAGCCAGAGGGAUCGCUGGAAACGAGAACCCAGCCGCUCGCCUGUGCUCAUACUGCGCAAAAAAAGAUCCCCCACAUGGAAACACAGCAAUCACCAUGACAGCUCUCAGCAAAUCAGUGAUUUAGGCAGAGAGCAGUUGUUGGAAAUUGCCAAGGCUAAUGCAGCAGCUAUGUGUGCCAAAGUUGGUAUGACUAUCCCCGCUAGCCUGAGAAGCACAAUGCUGCCGUUGACUUUGCCAGGCAUGGCCAUUAAUGCUGCUAUGACAGCAGCCACCAUGACCGCUGCUUUGUCCAACAUCAGCACCUUGUCGUCACUGCUCCCGCUGCCCACCAUAACCAACAAACCUCCUGGUGCAAACCUCAGCCAACCCGUAAAUGCUGCACUAGAGGAAGUGAAAAAGAAAGUAGCAAAGCAGGCGAACAGCAUCAGUAUCAAGGAGUUCACAGACAAGUGCAAGAUGAUUGCGGAAAGCAAAGAGGAGCUGCCGGUGGCGGUGCCUCAUGUGCCGGUCGAAGAGGACGAUGGGAAACCGUUUGGGGGAUUGGUUCUGCGUGAACAUAAGGCCAUCAGCUUUAACAUCAGUAACACCAUUGUGCGACCAACAGCCCGAAGUGAUGCAGGCAUGGCAAAAGAGUUCCCAGUGUCUUCAGGAUCUCAACACCGUAAAAAGGAGUGUAAGACGUUGGAUGCCUAUGGAGAUUGGGUUGCUGUGGACAAAACGCCAGAGGAGCCCAAGACCACCGUUUCCACGGCAGCAGCCAGCUCAUCUUCAGGUACCAGUGAGACUUCGAAAGCCGAUUUGCCAGUGACGGCUGUGGCAUCAGUGACCGAUGACGACAGCGUGUUUCCUGGUCCACCACCACAGCCUGUCGACAUCUCUCAGGCUGUGAGUGAGAGGAUCAAAGCUCAGAAGCGAUUGGCGGAGAACCCCUAUGACGUCGACGCCAUUUGCAUGCUUAGCCGGGCCCAAGAGCAGGUGGAUGCAUGGGCCCAGUCCAAUACUGUUCCUGGUCUAUUCACGGGUUCCACAGGAGCCCAAGUUCUCUCUUCAGACGAACUGUCCAACAGCGGCCCACAAGCUUGGCUUAAGAAGGACCAGUUCCUCAGGGCAGCACCAGUAUCGGGCGGUGUUGGGGAAUUUUUGAUGAGAAAGAUGGGCUGGAGAACAGGGGAGGGCCUUGGGAGGAACCGUGAAGGCACCGUGGAGCCGAUCAUCAUUGACUUCAAAGUGGAUCGCAAAGGACUUGUUGCUGAAGGGGAGAAGCCACAGAAACCAACUGGAGGACUGGUGGUCACCAAGGACCUCAUGGGUAAGCACCCGGUAUCAGCUCUUAUCGAAUUGUGCACGAAGAAACGGAUGACGCAGCCUGACUUCGUCAUGGUUCACAACAGCGGCCCAGACCACCGCAAGAAUUUCCUUUUCAAGGUUACAGUGAACGGUGCGGACUAUCAGCCCCAAACAGCCAGUCCGAAUAAGAAACAUGCUAAGGCCAUGGCGGCAACAGUGGCACUGCAGGCUCUUGGAGAGGUAAUCGUUCCUGUUGAUGGACCGGGACUCUAUACUGGCCCUGUCUUCACAGCGGCUUCCACUGGCCCUCUGUUCUCCACGUAGACAUCCAACCGUCGACUGGUUAUGUGACCAUUGUUCACAUGUCCUCAUUUUUAUUCCGUUUCUAUAGUCCUGGGUGUAUAAGUGGUGCACAGGUAAAAACACACACUGAAGUGUAUCAGUGCGCUUUUGUGCACCAAGCAUUUUAGUCUUUUUUUUUUUUUUUUUUUUUUUUUUUUUAAAGCACACCAUCAGACAGGACUCCAGUCGUGUUAUUCAAAUGAACAAACAAAUCAUUUGAGUGAACAGACUGAAUGGAACUGAUUUCAUCCUUUCCCACUGUAUUUGAGCAAAUUAUCCGCAAACGUCGCCACUUGCGUCGUGGGAAGGUGGAUGAAUACGCGUAGGGGCCGACGAUGAAGUGGCUGACUUUAUGGUCGUCUUAGGCUUGCUACACAGCAGCUAUGAUGUUCUGUCAAAAUAUUUCUUUGUGAAACCGGACUCUGGUGGCCCAAACAAGAUUGUGGACUGCUGCCCUAGAAAACUGUGUGAAAUCAUUGAUUACGCAGUGCCAUGCUGAAACUGUGUACUGUACUGUAUCCUCUGCUGGCUGCUUGGCAGCCAUUGGCGAUAAAUAUAAAGUACAGCUGUAGGUAUACAGUACAGUAUGCAAAGUAUGAAAUAAUGUACAAUGUUUUUAAAUGAAUGUCUAUUGGUACAGAUAUGAAGUGGCUCAGACUAAUACUAAUAAAACAAAAAGCACAUGCAAUAAAAAGGCCUAAAAGUAAAUAAACAAUUAUAAGCUCAUUAAA